UCUCUCAGUCAUAUCCACUCUGAGUUGGGCUGCCUCUCAUAUCUCUCCUCAGUGCACACUUGCAAACCCUCGCACACUCUGAGACACACGCACAGAGACACACACAGAGAGACACGCACCCGGCGGCCGAGCGGAGUUUAAGGGCAAAGAAGUCAAUAUUUGACCAGACCAGACUGUAAAGGGAAGAAGAAGCACGAGACAGAAGAGAGAAAUUGGAAGUCUUUUUGUACCUUUUUACUUUUUUCCCCCCAACACAUCUGGAUACAAAGUUGCCUCGAGCUCCCGAAGCGAAAAAGGAAAUAGUUUUUUCUUAUUAUUGUUAUUUGUUUGCUGGACUUUUGGACUUGGACUGGGCGUGAGCACAGUAAGAGGAAGGAGAGAUGGGGAGAUGGACAUGGUUACAUCUCUCGGUGGGUCUCUGGCUUCUAGCCGUCAUGUUGACCUGCUGCUGCGCCGAAGAGAACUACUGCUUCGCUGCCAGGUCCAAAACCUGCUCAGAUUGUGUGCAGGCUGGGAAAGGCUGCGCAUACUGCUCCGAUGAGAACUUCAGCGGCCACCGAUGUGACCUGUACGAGAAUAUAGUCGCCCAUGGCUGCAGUUCUGCUGGCAUCAUUACAUAUAGUAGCGCCAUGCUGAUAGAGAGAAAAGAGAAAAUUAACGUGGGGCUUCAGCAGUCUCAGGUGACGCCGCAGCAGAUGAGCAUGACUUUUCUACCGGGGGAGGAGAAACUGGUGGACGUGGAGGUGUUCGCUCCCACCAAAGGCCCUCUGGAUCUUUAUAUUCUUAUGGACUUCUCAAACUCGAUGGCUGACGAUUUGGACAACUUGAAGAGAAUGGGCAAAGAACUGGCUUCACUGGUGGAGAAGCUGUCAGAUGACUACACCAUUGGAUUUGGAAAGUUUGUGGACAAAGUGGUCGAGCCCCAGACCGAUAUGAGACCAUCCAAGCUUAAGCAGCCGUGGCCCAACAGCGAUCCUCCCUUCUCUUUCAAAAACGUCAUCAAGCUGACAAAUGACUUGGAUUUCUUCAACAGCGAGCUCCAGGAUGAGAAAAUAUCUGGCAACCUGGAUGCUCCUGAAGGAGGGUUUGAUGCCAUGUUGCAGGCCGCAGUGUGUGGGGAUAAGAUCGGCUGGCGCAGCCUUAGCACGCACCUCCUGGUUUUCUCCACCGAGUCAGCCUUCCACUACGAGGCUGAUGGUGCCAAUGUGCUAUCGGGAAUCCUGCCUCGCAACGAUGAGCUUUGUCAUCUGGACAUUAACAACGGUUACACAAUGGAUACAAAGCAGGAUUACCCUUCAGUGCCCACACUGGUCCGUCUGCUGGGAAAACACAACAUCAUCCCGAUCUUUGCUGUCACCAACCACUCCUUCACGUACUACCAGAAACUCAAAGAGUAUUUCCCCAUCGCUGAGGUUGGUCUGCUGCAAGAAGACUCAUCCAACAUCCUACAAGUCAUGGAGACUGCCUUUGAGAGUAUCCGUUCUAAGAUGAGCAUCCGUGCAGAGGACAAACCCAAGGCUUUUGAGGCUCAGUUCUUACACACCAGCGGAAAAGUUGCAGAUUAUGGGAACUUUAAUUUCAAGCCUGGAGCUAUUGGCAAGUUCAAGAUGCGACUGAAAGCCCAGCGCAUGAUUGGUGAAGAGCCUGUCUGUUCGAGGAAUCCAGAUGAAAAACAGGGGUUGAUUAGAGUCAAACCUACGACCUUCAACACUGCCGUCAACGUAAACGCCACAGUUCUGUGUCCAACCUGUGACUGUGAGAAGAAUCGCAUACCUAAUGCAGAUAAAUGUAAUGGCAAUGGAGACCUGGUGUGCGGGAAGUGUCAGUGCCAUGGCGGCUGGCUGGGUACUUUCUGUAACUGCUCAGCAAGCGCUUCAGCUCUGGACACCAACCUGUGCAAAGCUCCAGGCAUUGCCGAGCCUUGCUCAGGCCGUGGAGACUGUCUGGCGUGUGGAACCUGUGUGUGCUUCAACCCGGAUCAGUUUGAAGGACCCUACUGUCAGUACGACAAGACCCAGUGUCAGAGAUAUGGAGGUUUCCUCUGCAAUGACCGCGGCUCUUGCGUUAUGGGAAAGUGUUCGUGUACUGAAGGCUGGGAGGGGAGUGCCUGCGAGUGUCCCAAGAGCAACCAGACCUGUCUCGACAGCAAGGGGGGUGUCUGCAACGGGCGAGGGAAAUGUGUGUGCGGCCGCUGUGAAUGUCCGAACUCUGGUCUUGAGAUGACAUCAGGAUGUGAGCCAAAUUUCCAGGCCCAGUUAGGUGUGUGUGAAGCCACAAGGAGCUGUGUCCAGUGUAAAGCCUGGAAGACGGGAGAAAAGAAAGGAGAGGAGUGUGAAAAGUGCCCCUUCGACAUUGUCUUGGUGGACGAACUGAAGAAACCCGAGGAAGUGUUCGACUCGUGCAGUUUCCGCGACGAGGACGACGACUGUACGUACCACUACACUGUCGAAAACUCCAAAGCUACAACAGGGAAAGACUUGGAGGUUCAGGUGCUCAAAGAGAAAGAUUGUCCCCCUGCUAGCCUCCUGUGGUUGCUGCCUUUCAUCUUGUUCCUCUUGCUACUGUUGGCACUUCUGCUGCUCUGCUGCUGGAAAUACUGCGCCUGCUGCGCAUCCUGCCUUCAGAGAUGCCUUGGCUUCCUACCUUGCUGUGCGGGAGGUCGCGUGGUUGGCUUCAAGGAGGAUGAGUACUUGCUACGUCACCCUCUGGUCACCUCAGACCAUCUGGACACACCGAUGGUGAGGACUGGCCCACCCAAAGGAACAGACCUGGUGCACUGGAAGGUCACAGAUAACGUGCACCGUGGAAUCAAUCAGACCCAGGCUCUGAUAAAGCCAAACCCAAAAGAGACCAUCCCCUUCCCGGUCUCCCUCCGCCUAAACACCUUGUUCUCUGAAAGCCUUUCUCGUCCUGAAUCCAGAGAUGCUGAACGACUCCGUGGUGAAGUGGUUGAAAAUCUAAAUGCAGUGUACAAGCAGAUCCCUGGGGCACAGAAGGUACAAAAGACCACAUUCAGAAUGCAAAGAAAUGCCGGAAAAAGGCAGGACUACACCAUUGUGGACACCGUUUUGGCAGCCCCUCGCAGCGCUUACCCUGAUAUCAUUAAAUUGACUGAGAAGAACGUGCAGUCCGGAAACUUCAAUGGCCUCAAAGUGGUGCCAGGCUACUAUACUGUGGCUUCAGACAGAGAGGCUGAAGGUCUCAUUGAGUUUCAAGAAGGUGUGGAGACAGUAGAUGUUCAUGUGCCACUCUUUGUCAAGGAAGAGGAUGAUGCCAAAAAACAGUUAAGGGUGGAGGCCAUUGAUGUGCCCCUGGGCAUUGCAACGAUCGGAAAGCCUUCGGUUGAUAUCACCAUCAUCAAAGAAAAAGCCACCAGUGCCUUCUCAUUCCUCCAGCCGGCGUACACCUACAGCAGGCAGGAUGGAGUGGCCAACAUCCCAAUCAGUCGAGAGAUCUUUGAAGAUGGACGCACGCAAGUCACCUACGGCACACGGGAUCUCACUGCUAAGGAUAAGAAGGACUAUGUGGGUGUGGAAGCAAACCUGAGCUAUGGUCCUGGUGAGACCCAGAAGACAGUUCCUGUCCGUCUGCUGGAGCUGGGUGAGAAAGAUGGCCUCCUGGACGGCAAACAGGUCAAGCAGUUUGUCAUGGAUCUCAGUAACCCACAGCAGGGUGCCAAACUGGGGCGCUACCCAAGAACCACUGUCACUAUCACAGACAUGCCGGAACCCAGCGUGGUGGCGUUCAAGAAGGACAUGCAGAACUUUACGACCUCAGAUUCAUCUUACGUCAUCCCCGUGGUCCGCACUCGCAACUUAGAGAGUCCUGCCACCGUGAAAUGGCGUACCAAGAAGGCCCAGCGCUUCGACCUUUCGGGCCCUCUGAAGUUUGGUCCUGGUGAAACAGAGAAGAACAUAGUGAUUGAUCCAACAACCUACCCAAGCCCAAUCCAGCCAGAGACCUUCCAGGUGGAGCUGUUUGACCCCAGCAAUGCCACUGUUGGGGAGGUGAAGACCACCCAUGUCAAUGUCACAGCAGAUCCCAGAUCUCCAGAAGUGAGCCACAUGCAAACGAAGGGCUACAUAAGCCCCAAAGCCACCUCCCCCGGUGGUCACCUCCCCCCUCCUUCAAACUUGAGGGCAAAAGCAACUGGACCCAGAAACAUCCGUUUGAACUGGAACCCAUCAUUUGGUAACGCCGCGGGAUACAAGGUGAAGUACUGGAUCUAUGGAGACCAAGAUAAAGAUCCCCACGUCUUAGAUGUGAAGACUCCUCAAGCUGAGUUGACCAACCUGUACCCCUGUUGUGACUAUGAGAUGCGGGUGUGCGCCUACAAUGCAAUGGGAGAUGGCUAUGAGACCGAUAUUGUUUCCUGUCAAACACUGGAGGAUGCGCCUGGUGAACCUGGUCGUCUGGCCUUCAACGUCAUUAGUCCAACUGUGACUCAAGUCAGCUGGGCAGAACCUGCUGAGACCAACGGGGACAUUACAGCUUAUGAGGUCAUCUACAUACCCAUCGAUGAUGACCUGAAGCCAGUAGGAGCUGCAAAGAAAGUGCAGAUCGACAACCCUAAGAAACGAAUGCUGUUGAUUGAGAAUCUCCAGACUGCCCAGACCUAUCAGUACAAGGUCCGUGCCAAGAACAGUGUGGGUUGGGGCCCCUUCAGAGAUGCUUCCAUCAACUUGGCAUCACAGCCUACGAGACCUCUGUCCAUUCCCAUCAUUCCAGACGUUCCUAUCGUGGAUGCCGAGGCAGGGGAUGAGUAUGAUGGCUACCUGAUGUACAGCAGUGACGUGCUCAAGUCUCCGGCAGGCUCCAAGACACCCAGUGUCUCUGGUGAUGAUUCCAUGACCAACGGCAGGUGGGACCAGAACUUCCUUUUCCCGGGGGGCUCGGGAACACGCAACUUGUCGACGUCAUCCUCUCCUAUGUCCACCCUGGGCUCCAACUACAGAGGGGGGGGCGGCUCCUUCACCACCGAAACCUCCACCACCUACAUGUCUGGACCAGGAGGCUCCCGUAGGCAGGACAUGAUCGGCGGCGGAGUCUACACAUCUGACGUCAUCAUGAGGAAGCGUUCGGAGAACCGAGGUUACACGGACGAAAACAUCCGGGACUCCAUCGUCAUGGGAGAUAUGUCGGGCACGUUCACAAAUAUUGGUGGUUUUGGCUACAGUGGGAUGCAGAGCAGCUCUCAGAGCCAGUUCAGCUACAGCCUCGCUCAGGGUUCGAGGGCCAGGACCAGCUCUUCUGACGUCAAUGAGGCCUUAUAUAACCUGGACAGGGUGCUCCAUGAUGCACGCAUCACCCCCGGCAUCCCCGACACUCCCACCCGGCUGGUGUUUUCUGCUCUGGGACCUACCGCCCUCAAAGUCAGCUGGCAGGAGCCUCAUUGCGAGAAAGACAUCCUGGGCUACUGCGUCCUAUACCAGCAGAUCAACGGAGGUGAGAUGAAGCGUGUCAACGUGACGAACCCGGCGGAGAACGCCGUGAUCAUCCAGGACCUGCUGCCCAACCACUCCUACGUAUUUAAGGUGAAGGCCCAGAGCCAGGAGGGCUGGGGUCCAGAGAGAGAGGGAGUCAUCACCAUCGAGUCGGCUGUCGACCCCAUGAGCCCCCUCAGCCCCAUGCCAGGUUCACCGUUCACUCUGAGCACUCCCAGCGCCCCAGGCCCUCUGGUGUUCACGGCCCUGAGCCCUGAUUCUCUGCAGCUCAGCUGGGACAAGCCUCGCAAACCCAACGGAGAAAUCCUGGGCUACGUAGUCACCUGCGAACAGAUGCACGGUGGAGGCGACGUGCGAUCCUUCGAGGUGAACGGCGACAGCUCCGAGACCAGCCUGACCGUCCCGGACCUGACCGAGAACGUUCCUUACAAGUUCAAGGUUCAGGCUCGAACCACACAGGGCUUUGGCCCUGAGAGGGAGGGUAUCAUCACCAUCGAGUCGCAGGACGGAAGUGCUUUGUCUCAGUACACCAACCAGUCCCUGUCGAGGAGGGAUGUUUUCCACAUGCCGACGGAAAUCAGCUCACGAACCAACGUCUCCCACACCAUGGUCGGCGACCCCUCCUUUUUCUCAGACGGGAUGAUGAUGACCACGCAGCACACAGAGACCAGCGGCAUGGUGACCCGUCAGAUCACCAAGGAAGUGGUUCAGAGGAGUGUCAUGGGAGGGACCACCGUCACAAAGAAGAUGUUUUACGAAUCUUAAGAUCUUAUUUAACGAGUUAGCAUCCGCAGGCCCGACGUGACGAGCAAUCACACCCAAGGAUCUCUUUUAAAAAGAGUACUGAAUGUUUGUCUUUUCAUAAAUAGAUGGAAAUGAGGUCGUUCUCUCGUGUCUGUUACACACUGCAGCCUUUUUGAGCACGUGGCUUCAGAUUCUGAUCUGAUUCGGAUCUGCUAACACACAACGGGGCUUUAAACCAAGGGCCGUAAUCUGGCUGCUGUUCGGUAAUCCAAAAGUGACUCUUCUCUUCACCUGCUUGUUUGAUGUGUUUGGAUCAUUUCAGGUUAAACUCGCCACAUUUUAACCCGCAUUUUGACUGAAAACUCUCAUGCAUUUGUCUCCGGAGGCUUUAAAUGGUCGUGGAUGCUCUGAUUAACUUGGUUGGUGUCCUAUGCUGUGUGAUCAAAGUGUCCAUGUGGUGUAUUUGGGACUUUUGUUCAUAGGUUUGUAUUAUAUUAAAGAGUGAUAAUGUUUUUUUGUUUUUUUCAAGCAUAUUUAAUACUUUUUAAGACUUUAGCAAACUGAUACUGAACUAAAUAUAGAGGUCGUUUGCAUUUGUGCCUUGAUUUCCUGCUGAUAAGAAAAAAGUCCACAAUACAUGAUCAAAACCUGUUAAUGGUAAACUUGACUUUCACAUGAUGGUGUUUUUCUCUUUACUUUGUAAGGUCCAUUCACAUUUGAACAGAGGAGAGGUGGUGUGCAAAGACGGAAAGAUUGUACUUGCUUCUUAAUGAAAGUCCUGCUGUAUUCUGCCUUCACAUUAAGUCCAUAAUAUUUUUAGAAAACAUAUUUUAAGAGAACACUUUUAAGCGAUAAACAGGAGUGGACGAACCAUUUCACCAGGAACCACAUUCGCGUAAUUUUCAUCGACAUGUACCACGUACUUUUACUUUUUUUUUUUUGCUUCUUUUCAUUUCAGUUUUUUUUUGUACAACACAUCUAUUGCACUUAAUAAAGAUUAUAAAAUAAAAAGGGAA